AUGCACAGCUCUGACGUGGCCUGUCCCACCUCUCCCACAGAUGAGGAGCUGCACAGCCAAGGGAAUCCCGCUGCAAGUAACGCCAGCAACGGACUGGGAAAGAACACCACUGCUCACAAUGAGUUUGACACCAUUGUCCUGCCCGUGCUUUACCUCAUCAUAUUUGUGGCAAGCAUCUUGCUGAAUGGUCUAGCAGUGUGGAUCUUCUUCCACAUUAGGAAUAAAACCAGCUUCAUAUUUUAUCUCAAGAACAUCGUGGUUGCUGACCUCAUAAUGACCCUGACUUUUCCAUUUCGGAUAGUCCAUGACGCAGGAUUUGGACCCUGGUACUUCAAGUUUAUCCUCUGCAGAUACACUUCCAUUUUGUUUUAUGGACACAUGUACACUUCCAUCGUGUUUCUUGGGCUGAUAAGCAUUGAUCGCUAUCUGAAGGUGGUGAAGCCAUUUGGGGACUCUCGCAUGUACAGCAUAACCUUCACGAAGGUUUUAUCUGUUUGUGUCUGGGUGAUCAUGGCUGUUUUGUCCUUGCCAAACAUCAUCCUAACAAACGUCCAACCAACUACAGAAAACAUUCAUGACUGCAUGACACUUAAAAGUCCCUUGGGAGUCAAAUGGCACAAUGCGGUCAUUUAUGUCAACAGCUGCUUGUUUGUGGCCGUGCUGGGGAUCCUGAUCGGGUGCUACAUAGCCAUAUCCCGGUACAUCCACAAAUCCAGCAGGCAGUUCAUAAGCCAGUCAAGUCGCAAGCGAAAACACAACCAGAGCAUCCGGGUGGUUGUGGCUGUGUUUUUCACCUGCUUUCUACCCUAUCACUUGUGCAGAAUUCCUUUUACUUUUAGUGACUUAGACAGACAUUUAGAUGAAUCUGCACACAAAAUCUUGUAUUACUGCAAAGAAAUGACACUUUUCUUGUCUGCAUGCAACGUGUGCCUGGAUCCGAUAAUUUACUUUUUCAUGUGUAGGUCAUUUUCAAGAAGACUAUUCAAGAAAUCAAACAUCAGAACAAGGAGCGAAAGCAUCAGAUCACUGCAAAGUGUCAGAAGAUCGGAAGUCCGCAUAUAUUAUGAUUAUACUGAUGUGUAGGAGUUAAAGGCCACGGGGUCCUCUCUCUUUUGUUGAAGUCAAUAUGUACAAACUGUAAAUAAAUGUUUCUUUUGAUUA